UCGGUUUAGUGUAGUUCGUGCAAUAUUAUUGGUCUGUGUACACAAACAGUGUCUCCUGCCUGUGAAGAUGAGCACUGUGUUCGCGGUGACUCUGGUUUUUGUUGGGUGCUGCAGUAACGUUGUGUUCCUAGAACUUUUGGUGAGAGAUUUCCCAGGAUGUGGAAAUAUUGUCACCUUUGCCCAGUUUGCUUUCAUUGCCCUCGAGGGCUUCAUCUUCGAAACGAAUUUCGGACGCAAGAAACCAGCCAUACCUAUCAGUAAUUAUGUGAUAAUGGUGACAAUGUUCUUCACUGUAAGUGUGAUAAACAACUACGCCCUCAACUUCAACAUUGCAAUGCCACUGCACAUGAUCUUCAGAUCUGGCUCUUUAAUAGCCAAUAUGAUACUGGGUAUCAUCAUAUUGAAAAAAAGGUAUUCAGCAAGUAAAUACCUUUCUAUAGUUCUGGUAUCACUUGGCAUAUUCAUCUGCACCUUCAUGUCUGCCAAACAAGUGAGUGUUGAAAAGGGUGCCACAGAAGAGGAAGGAGUUUAUACCUUCUUGCACUGGCUUUUAGGUAUUGGCAUGCUGACUUUUGCCCUACUAAUGUCGGCACGUAUGGGCAUUUUCCAAGAGACUCUGUACAAGCAGUAUGGCAAGCACUCUAAAGAGGCCCUCUUCUAUAAUCAUUGUCUGCCUUUGCCAGGGUUUCUGCUGCUCUCAACUAACAUCUAUAAUCAUGCUGUCUUCUUCAGUCAAAGCACUCCUGUGGAAGUCCCUGUGAUUGGUCAACCUGUGCCAGUAAUGUGGGUGUAUUUACUGAUGAAUGUCAUCACACAAUACGUGUGCAUUCGGGGUGUGUUCAUUCUGACCACAGAGUGCACGUCCCUAACUGUUACGCUGGUAGUGACACUCCGUAAAUUCCUGAGCCUCAUUAUCUCCAUCCUGUACUUUCAGAACCCUUUCACAGCUUGGCACUGGGUGGGCACAGCUGUGGUCUUUUUGGGUACAUUGCUCUACACAGAGGUGUGGUCCAGCAUCCAGACUGCAGUGAAAGGAGAGAAACUAGACAAGAAAGCAGAGUAAAAAUGAUGAACACAAAUGGAAUACCUCCUCUAGUAUGUGUUUGUGUGCGUGUUUGUGUCUGCAGUGAAGUUUCACUGCUAAGAAAGUCUGCCUGUUACUGAGUAAAUAGGUCAGGUCUUAAGAAAGCAUAAAAGGUGUGUUUGGCCCUGUGUGCUGUGUCUCUGAUUGAUUGCUCACUCCAUGGCCUUUUUUCCACUGCUAAAAUGGGACCAAGGCCGUGUUUCAGAAGGAGGAAAGUAACUAAACAUUGAUCCUCUAUUAACAACAUCAUAAGACAGCACUUAAAUGUAAAUUUGUUUUCCUGGUCCACUCCAUUAUUGAUUUUCUUAUAUAAGACAUAUACAAAGUUUAUAGUUCUUUUAGUCAUGCUAGCUAGGUACAGUUGUUUUACAAGGUUAGUAGUUUGUCUCAAGCUCAGUGUUUUUUAGAGAUUCUUAUUAAAGAAUACAUAUACAAGAUGAUGAAUUGUUGAUAGAUUAAGGACGUACACAGGUAGCCUACAUGAUGCACACAUUUCAGUUUUUUUGUAACUGAUACUAACUGAUAGAACAGUUUGGAAACCUAAGAAACUGUUUUUUUGAACGAACAUUACUAGGAUUAGUUUCUCUGUUUUACAACAAAGUACAGGACUAUUACUUAACAUUUUUUGUGAGUCAUGAUUUAAGAAGUCAUGAUUUUUGGAUAAUCACUUUGGAGACUUCAUGUACUGUAUAUUUUUGUAUUCGGUUCUCUCAGGAUGUUGUCUUAUACCCAGUAAGCUCUAAAAGGGAGUGGUGUCUCACAUAUUGCAGUGCCCCAUAACUUGUGUUGUUACUCAUUUUUCCACCGUUCUCUGUUAUUAAAAUAACUUAAAAACUG